AUGGAACCUUUGAAAGUCGUUGUUGUCGGUGCGGGCAUUGGAGGCCUUAUGGCCGCUUGUGCCCUCGUUGAAGCAGGCCAAGACGUCCAUGUCUUCGAGCAGUCAGAGAUGGUGAAUGAGAGAGGCGCCGCUAUUACCGUGCAGCCCAACUCCAACGUCUUACUCCGCCGAUACGGGAUCGAGCCUGAGGAGUGUGGAGGCACAGCUAUGGAAAAUAUAAUGAUGAAGGAUGGCAUCAGUCUGAAUCUGCUGCAAGAAAUUAGCGACAAGGUGAAGGCGGCCACUGUUUUGGAGGAGCGUUCAAAGAAAUCUUACUUUGUCCACAGAGCCGACCUGCAUGGCGAGCUUAAAAGGAAAGCAACUGGGCACGGCGCUGUAAUCCAUGCCGGGAGCAAGGUAGAAAGUGUGGAUGAGAACGCCAGCACCGUGACUCUCAGCGACGGCACGGUCGUCAAAGCCGACGUUAUUAUCGGUGCCGACGGCGUCCACUCCAGAACACGCCAGCUCGUCUUUGGGGAAGCGUAUCAAGAGCAGCCGUCGCCGCUUAGCUGCUUUCGCUUUUUGGUCUCCUCCAAGACCAUUCAAGAGGACCCGGAGACGAGUUCAUUCAUCGAAAAACCAGGCACCAUGAUGGAUCUGAUCGGGCCGGACAGACGAAUUAUCCUAUACCCUUGUUCCCAAGGGGAAAAGCUCAACGUUCUUCCCAUCGUUCCUCGUCAGGUGGCCGAAGCCCGUGGAUCUAGGAAAGAAAAGCUCUUGUCUGCGUUCUCCACCUUUGCACCAUCCGUACAGCGCCUGUUGGAAAAGGCGGAAGAGGAGUCAAUUUUCAUCUGGCCCCUGUUCGACAUGAACCCUCUCCCAAUCUGGGUCAAAAACUCCGUUGCUCUGCUAGGGGAUGCCGCGCAUCCCUUCACACCCUUCCUCGCACAAGGUGCGGCGUCGGCGAUAGAGGAUGCCGUUUCUCUGGCCGUCAUGCUGCCUCUUGGAACCAAGCCGGCGCAGGUUCCCGCUAGGCUGCAGCUCUACGAACGAUGCCGAAAAGCUAGGGUGGAUCGCAUCCAGGAGUUAAGUCGCGUCAGGGGAAGAGAUGCAUCGGGACAGCGAGGCAAGCCACCUACCGGAGACGAGAUCUUUAGCUUUGCCAUGUAUUGCAAACAGCAUGAUGAAUAUGUCCAUUCGACAAAGUUUUUGGAAGCGUUUGAUGUGCCGUUGGUACCUCCUACAAUGGGUUUUUCAUAG